AUGGCUCGCUCUAUGGGCCUCGUAACUCCGACUGAGAAAGCCGUCCUGGAGCCUCAUCCUGAACUCUACUUCGACAACGGAGACAUCAUAUACUGCGUCCACACGUCUCUCCUGAGCUUCCACUCGGUCGUCUUCUCCAACCUCUUUGCCGACGGCUCGGGCAAAGUUGACUCGCCCCAUGACGGCCGACCUGUCGUGCUCAUGCCAGACGAGGCGGGAGACCUCUCCCAGCUUCUCUCGUACGUCUAUAAACCCUCUGAGUAUCUCUUGCGGCCGUCGCAUCCCGACACUCCUAUCGAGCUCAGGGGCGCCGUCAAACUCGCCGAAAAAUAUCUCUUUGACGGUGCCCGCGCCGACAUGAUCAAGAGAGUCACCAUGGACUGGCCCGUCACCCUCGACGAGUGGGACAUCCGCGCGAGUGAGUUCCAAGGUCUCCGGCACGUGGUGUGCAGCAAGUACUUCCAUCGCCGCCGGACGACUACCAAGUGCGCCGACACCUUGGCAGACCGGGUGCCGGAGCCCAUCUCGACCAUCCUCUUCGCGCAGGAGCAUGGGUGCACCGAUAUCCUCCCCGCCGCAUUCUAUCGCCUCGCGUCCAUCGACACGAAAAGGAUGACUGGCCCGAGGACCGAAGCGGCCCGGCGCCAGGCCCUGGAGGAGUACCACCGCCAGGUCGCGUUCAAGCUCAGUCGUGGAGCUAUGAUCAGCAAGAACUGCAUCCCCUUGUGGCUGGCUACUACAUUCGGUCCCGCAGACGACGAAGAACAUGACCAUCCACCCGAGGAGGAGACUCGGAAGGAAUACCCGUGCUUGGACUUUCUCUGGACGCUCAGCGACGCGGAGUGGGGCACCACCCCUACUUACGAGCCGCUCUCUACUUUGCUUCACCUCGACAACGAGGACAAGCUCGAAAAUGUCAAGCAGACGUGUCCCAACGGACUCUGCAUUGAUUGUCAGUUCAGAUUGAGAAGCUGGGUCAAAACCGAGCGUGAGGCGCUGUGGGAGCGCCUUCCGACGUACUUCGACCUGCAUGUAACGACCCAGGAUCGGGUCGUUACGGGCAUCACGCGUGCGGCGUGCGGGUAUUCGGAACCCGCGCGCCUAGUGCGGGCAGCCUUUCUACCUGCCCCACUAUCCUACGAGUACGCCGAGCCUCAAUAG